CUGUGGUCUUUGGUUGAACAAAAAUAAGCAGCGGAUAUUAUUAAAACAAAAUUCUAUUGUUUAAAAUCAAGUAUUUUGUCAAACAGUUGGUAAUUCUCAUAUUAAGCACGUCUCAUUUAAUUCUCAUCUUUAAAAAGCACGAUUAGGCAAGGUUAUUUGGAACAUUAUUAAAUAUCCAUGGCUAGUUUAAAAAACAAAUCAACUUUUGUUGGUGAUGCAGAGUUUUGUUUUGAAUGUGGAACCAUUCUUCCACUACCCGGAAGAGAACCUUUCAUUGUUUGUGUUGGAUGUGGUUUUAAAAAUGACAUAAAUAUUUUCAAUGGCAUUACCGUUGAAUAUGAAACAAAAUAUAAUAGUAAAAAUAGCUUCAAAAGGAGAAAAGAAAAUGAAAAGAAUGCCGAUUCAGCUACAGGCCCCAUGGUUCAGGAUAGAGUAUGUUCUAAAUGUGGCAAUCAGGGUAUGAGUUAUGCCACACUCCAGACUCGUUCUGCAGAUGAAGGGCAGACAGUAUUCUAUUCUUGUCCUAACUGUCAGCAUCAAGAAUUGGAAAAUUCAUGAUAUGUUUUUCAUGAUGAAAAAUUUCAAGUUAUUUUACAAAAUGUACAGUUUCUUUAUUGUCUGAUACAAUAAAUUAAGAUUUGUAGUGAA